GCGCCAUAUUGUUGGAUAAAUUAGAUACGAAGGCAAUUUGGACAAAUACUUCACGAAGUAAAUCAUUUAGAAAUGGCAGAUUUCCUGGAUUCUGAAGCCGAGGAGAGUGAGGAUGAGGAAGUUGAGUAUGGUAAAAAGCCCGUGAAGCGGAUAAAGACAAUGGACAGUGAGGAGGAAGAAGAAGAAGACGACGAAGAAAAGCUCAGGGAGGAAUUAAAGGAUUUGAUUGACGAUGCUCCAAUUGAAGAAAGUGAUGGAGAAGAUUCAGACAUGUCGAGGCCAAGUAAAAAAGAAAAGAGUGACGAUGAUUUUGAUGACCGGCUUGAAGACGAGGAUUAUGAUCUGAUUGAGGAGAACCUGGGUGUCAAAGUUGAGAGAAAAAGAUUCAGGCGUCUUCGCCGGAUACAAGAUGAAGAAUCUGAAGAAGAGCAAGAUGCUAAGACUGAAGGAGAACUAAUUGCAACAGAAUUAUUUGACACAUCAGAUAAUGAGAGAGAGGAAAUGGAGGAAGAGCGGGCUUCUGAGAAGGGUCAUCGUCCUGAAGCAGAACGCUUUGAUGAGGAGGAUGAAGAAGGGGAGUACUCUGACUCUGAUGAUUUUAUAGUUGAUGAUGAUGGGCGCCCUAUUGCAGAUCGAAGAAAGAAAAGAAAACCAAUAUUUACAGAUGCGGCAUUGCAAGAAGCCCAAGACAUUUUUGGUGUUGAUUUUGAUUAUGGAAUUUUGGAGACAAUGGAUGAAGAUGGAUAUGAAGAGGAAGAGGAAGAAGAAGAUGAAUAUUUGGAUGAAGGAGAAGAAGAUGUUGAAAGAAGACCAAGGCCCAAGAAGACAGCUCGCAAAAAAGCAACAAAAAAAUCAAUUUUUGAAAUUUAUGAACCAAGUGAAUUGAAGAGAGGACAUUUUACUGAUCUUGAUAAUGAGAUCAGAAACACAGACAUCCCUGAGCGAAUGCAGCUUCGUGACUUCUCAGUUACUGCAGUGCCUGAAGGCUCUGAUGAAUUGGAUGAAGAAUCAGAAUGGAUAUAUAAACAAGCAUUCUGCAAACUAACAAUAUCCAACCAGGAUGGUCAUGGUGGAGCUGAUGCCCGGGAUCGAGCAAGAAAAGGACCUCAAACAAUUGGGAAGAUUAAGAAGGCUCUGGACUUCAUGAGAAAUCAGCAUUUUGAAGUGCCAUUCAUUGCAUUCUAUAGGAAGGAAUAUGUGCAACCAGAGCUAAAUAUAAAUGAUUUGUGGAAAGUUUACAGGUUUGAUGAGAAGUGGUGCCAGUUACGAACACGGAAGAUGAAUUUGAUUGCACUGUUUGAAAAAUUGCGUGAUUAUCAGGCUGAGCAGUUGAUGAAAGAACCUGAUAAGCCUAUUCCUGAUAGUGUUCGGCUACUGAAGGAUGAAGACAUUGACAGACUUCGAAUAGUACAAACCACAGAAGAACUCAAAGAUGUUCAUACACAUUUUCUGCUGUACUACUCUCAUGAAGUACCAGAAAUGCAGAAGGCAUGGCGAGCCAAAGAACGUGAAGCAGCACGAGAGGCACGAAAGAAUAGACGCAGGCGUCGAGAUAAUGCAGAAGGAGAAGAGGGAGAAAAUGGUGUUCAGCUGGAAGGCGAUGAUGCAGAAGAUGAAGAAAAUGAGACAGAAGAAGUGGAAAAUGAGCCUCCAGAAAACGAAACCGUGAAACAAGCUAUUCGAAGUGGCCCGUACUCAAUGUGUAGGAAGGCUGGAUUGGAUGGUUUGGCAAAGAAGUUUGGCUUGACCCCUGAGCAGUUUGGUGAGAAUUUGCGGGACAAUUACCAGCGCCAUGAGGUUGAGCAGGAGCCUACAGAGCCAAUGGAAAUAGCAAAGGAGUAUAUCAGCAAUAAAUUCACCACAGGAGAGGAAGUCCUCAGAGCAGCCAAAUUUAUGGUUGCAAUGCAGCUGUCACGUGAUCCUUUGGUUAGGAAGUGUGUACGUGAGACAUUUUUCGAACGUGCCAAAAUUAACAUUAAGCCAACUAAGAAGGGGAUAAAGGAGAUAGAUGAAAAUCAUCCAUGUUACAGCAUGAAAUAUGUGAAAAGCAAACCUGUGAGAGAUCUAACUGGUGAUCAGUAUCUCAAGUUGACCUUGGCUGAAGCAGACAGACUGAUAACAGUUUCCAUAAGUGAAAAUAUUGAUGGCAUCACUUCUCCCUCUUACAUCGAAGAAGUGAAGCAGCUUUACUACAGAGAUGAGUUUAGUAAAAAUGUUCAAGAAUGGAAUUCUCUUAGGGUUGAGAGUGUAGAGCUGGCUCUUACACGUCUACUGCUUCCUGAAUUGAGGAAGGAAUUGCAGACACAUUUGCUAGCUGAGGCACGGGAAGCAGUACUUAAAACUUGCUGCAGAAAAUUGUACAAUUGGUUGAAGGUGGCUCCAUAUUCUGUAGAGUUUGCUGAUGAGGAUGAAGAAGAGUGGGACACAGGAAAGGGGCUUCGAGUGAUGGCUGUGGCAUAUGUUCCUGACUACUCUCAGGCUGCCUUUGCCUGCAUGGUAGGACCAGAUGGGGACUGCACAGACUACCUUAGACUUCCACACCUUAUGAAGAGGAAAAAUUCAUUUCGAGAAGAAGAGAAGUUACAGAAGGAAGCAGACUUAUUGGCCAUGAGGAAUUUCAUCGCAACAAAAAAACCUCAUGUGAUUUGUGUGGGUGGUGAAUCACGAGAAGCAUUGAUGGUGGCUGCAGAUUUGAGAGAAAUUGUUGCUCAGUUAGUUGAAGAUGAACAGUUCCCAUCAAUUUCUGUAGAAAUCUGUGAUAAUGAACUUGCCAAAAUUUACUCAAAUUCUAUCAAGGGUGAGAAUGAAUUCCGAGAUUAUCCUCAACUCUUACGUCAAGCUAUUUCAUUAGCUCGUAGGAUGCAAGAUCCUCUGAUUGAAUUCUCACAGUUGUGUACAUCAGAUGAAGAAAUUCUUUGUCUAAGAUAUCAUACACUGCAGGAUCAAGUUCCAAGAGAGGAGCUUCUGGAGGCUCUGUACCUAGAAUUUGUGAAUCGUACUAAUGAGGUGGGAGUGGACAUCAACUUGGCAGUGCUGCAGAGCUACACCUGUAAUUUGGUACAGUUUGUGUGUGGCCUUGGACCCAGAAAGGGGCAAGCUCUCCUUAAAAUUCUUAAGCAGAACAAUCAAAGGCUAGAGAAUAGGACACAACUAGUUACAGCCUGCCACAUGGGACCAAAAGUAUUCAUUAACUGUGCAGGAUUCAUCAAAAUAGAUACUAAUUCUCUUGGAGAUAGCACUGAAGCUUAUGUUGAAGUUCUUGAUGGCUCUAGAGUCCAUCCUGAAACUUAUGAAUGGGCUCGAAAAAUGGCAGUUGAUGCUUUGGAGUAUGACGACGAGGAUGCAAAUCCUGCUGGAGCUUUGGAGGAAAUUCUAGAAGCUCCUGAAAGACUGAAAGAUCUUGAUUUGGAUGCCUUUGCUGAAGAAUUGGAACGACAAGGUUUUGGUAACAAGAGUAUAACCUUGUAUGAUAUUCGGGCUGAACUGAACCACCGAUACAAAGAUUUACGCAGUCGUUACACAUCACCAAAUCCAGAAGAAUUGUUUGAUAUGCUUACCAAGGAGAAUCCUGAGACCUUCUUCAUAGGAAAGAUGGUACUUGCUACUGUGAUAGGUAUAUCUCAUAGAAAACCCCAAGGCGACCAACUGGACCAGGCCAAUCCCGUUCGAAAUGACGAAACCGGACUUUGGCAGUGUCCAUUCUGCAUGAAGAAUGACUUUCCAGAGCUCUCUGAGGUGUGGAAUCAUUUCGAUGCAGGAGGUUGUCCAGGUCAGGCAACGGGGAUAAGGCUUCGACUUGAUAAUGGAAUAUCUGGCUACAUACAUAUAAAAAAUCUCUCAGACAAACAUGUCAGCAACCCAGAAGAGAGAGUAGCCAGGGGUCAGACCAUUCAUUGCCGUGUCACAAAGAUUGAUGUGGAACGGUUCUCAGUGGAGUGUACAUCAAAAAGUUCAGACCUUGCCGACAAAAAUCAUGAGUGGAGACCUCCGAAAGAUCCGUUUUAUGACAAUGAGGCGGAGGAGAAAGACAUGAAGGCGGAAGAAGACGCGAAGAAAUUAAAGCAGCGCCAAACUUAUAUCAAACGUGUUAUCGUUCAUCCGUCCUUCCAUAACAUUUCGUUCAAAGAAGCAGAACGACUGAUGGAACAGAUGGAUCAAGGAGAAGUUAUAGUGAGACCCUCAAGUAAGGGCUCAGAUCAUCUGACAGUAACAUGGAAAGUUACUGAUGGGGUAUAUCAGCAUAUUGAUGUAAGAGAAGAAGGGAAAGAAAAUGCAUUCAGCUUGGGCCAGUCACUCUGGAUUGGAAGUGAGGAAUUUGAAGACUUAGACGAAAUCAUAGCUCGGUAUGUGAACCCCAUGGCGGCACAUGCUCGAGAUCUACUAUCGUUCAAAUAUUAUCGGGAUACUGAGGGACUUAAAAAUAAAGCAGAAGAAGUAAUUAAAGAGGAGAAGAAAAAGAAUGCCUCCAAAAUACAUUAUGUCUUGGGUGCUUCCAAGAGCUAUCCUGGAAAAUUCAUGUUAUCCUACCUUCCACGCACAAGAUUUCGUCAUGAAUAUAUUACUGUAACACCAGAAGGCUUCCGUUUCCGACAACGAGUGUUUGAUUCUCUUGGCUCACUGUUCCGAUGGUUCAAGGACAAUUUCCGUGAACCCAUCCCCGGAACUCCUAGCACACCAAGAGGAGCAGCAACCAAUAGGACACCAUAUAAUGGAACACCAAAUGUCAACCUCGCUGGAAUGAAUCCAGAAGCAAUUCAGCGUGUUGCCCAAGCUUUGCCAAACCACAUGCUUCACAGUCUGUCACAAGUGGCAAGCCAAACACCUCAUUAUCCCCACACACCUGGUGGUGGAGGCUAUGGGGCUAAUAUGCACACCUAUCCCAACACUCCAUAUACACCUUCAGGACAGACGCCGUUCAUGACUCCGUAUCAUACCCCACAUGCUACUCAGACUCCGCGGUAUGGUCAGCAGACACCGUCUCAUCAUCCAGCUCAUCAUGCCCAAGGAUUUCUGCAUCCUGGUUCUCUAACACCUUCACAUAGGACACCCACUCACAGAGUUGUACAUGCUCCCCACACUUCACAUUCAAGACCUGCCCAAGGAACUACAGUCAAUGAACCUAUGGANAAACAAAAAUAUUUAACAGACUCAUAUAGGACAGUGCUUUGA